UGCGACACAUCUGCAGCCCGGAGUUCCGUCUGCGUGCAUGGUUCGAGCAAAUCGGUUGUAACUUUGAGAUUUUAUCCUCAAUUUAAUCCUUUUUUUACCAGUUUUACCCGGGAUAUUAGUGUGUUGUACUCAUGUGUCGGAUAUGGAUGUAUCUGUUCUGUGCUUUAGGUGUGAUUCUCACGCCAGGUGAACGGCAGGCGUCAGCGAUGGAGAUCACCACACCCAAAGAGAUAACGGCGUUGAACGGGACGGAUGUGGUGCUUAAGUGCACAUUCAAGUCCACGUACCCCGUUAAAGAUGGCUCUGUGUCCGUGUCCUGGCUUUUCAGACCGCUCGCUCAGGAACAAGCGAAAUCGUUCUUUUACUACCAGACCGAGUCAUAUCCCCCCAAAGACGGGCCCUUUAAAGGACGCGUGACGUGGUCGGGGAACGUAAUGAAGAACGACGUUUCCAUCACGCUCCAUGACGUUCAGUACAACUUCAACGGCACCUACACCUGUCAGGUGCUCAAUCCGCCCGACAUCCAGGGCCUCGCCGGAGAGAUCCGCCUUCAGGUCGUCCAAUCAGUGAAGUUCUCAGAGAUGGGAAUCCUGGCAACGGCAGUGGGCGGAGCCAUCCUGAUUGUCCUGGUCAUUCUCGCCGUUUACCUCACGGUGCGAUACUGCCGAAACCGGCGUGAAAACUCAGACCUGGAGCUUCCGGAGGCGAAGCAGCCGAGCGUGUGGUGAGAGACCGAGAAACGCUGGUUCUAGCUGGAACCGCUCUUCUGGCUUUUCUGUCGGGGGCCACGCCCGCCUUCUGGUCCUGAUUUUUUAACCAACACACUUCCUUUUAUUUUGUGAGACAUCUCAAAGAGGCAAAAAAUCUAAUCAAGCGCCUGUUAUUGGAUAUUCGAACUUUUAAACGUUCUUAUGAUUUUAGCAUUUUUAUACAGUAUAUAAAUAUUUUAUCUGUACAGUUUUCUUCACGUUGUGAUUUUAGAUCACACGUUUGUGCAUGUCUCAUAAAAUAGACACUUCUCCUCCAGACGACAGGUUUUAGGUUAUCAGUGUUAGUGUUCAUUCUAAUUAAAGAUGCAGUUCAAAACAUUUCGGGACUCAGAAACAAAACACCAGUCAAGACCUUACACGUGUACUUCCCGUACAACACUUCAUACUUUUCUAAUGGCUACAAUAUGAUGGUGGUGGAUCAGACAUUCAAGUUUUGUGAUAAUUUAUUAAGAAUUGGCUACAAUAAAAGGGGGAAACUUCAUAAAUAAAAUAUUAAUAGAUAAAUAGAUAUUAUGUACUGCAGCUUUGAUGAAACUCAUACUUUCUCUUUUAAUCGUGUUCAUUGAGCAUCGUUUCUGAUCUUAUUCCUCUCUUAAUAGAAUGGAAAUUCAUCAUUAUCUGGGAAUUUUGUCCAAGACCUGGCAAUGAAUGUUUAAACGGUGGAAGUUUCUGCUUUUUGUGGAUAUCUUUCUCUUUAUUUUAUUUUUUGUAAAUUUGGCCCCGUUGGGUUAUUAUUUUUGUACAUUAAGAGUAUUUUGUAUUGUUUAUGAACAAGUGUGUGGCGUGCGUACAUGAAAAACAAUAAACGUUGAUGAGCACCUUACUGAAACUGA